GUUUGUACCGCCGACCCUGUUGCAGACGAGCUCCGCCCCGUACCCGGAAUGGACCUGGGCGGUGUGUGGUGGGGGCGACGAGAGCAAGUGCCACCAUUCGCUGCCGCUAACGCGCCCAGAGGGAGACAAUACCGCGACGGACAUAGUCUCGUACACCGGAUGGUGCUACCACUGGUUCGCCUACUGGUGGGCGGUCGAAUUUCAGGACAAAAAACCCCGGCACAUCACGGGAUUUUCAGUGUUCAGGCGGAACAACAUUUACGACGGGAAUCAGAUUCAAAACGCGCUGAUCUACCUGAACGACAGUCCUUCGCCAGAGCCAGCGAAGACACCGAGCAUCGUACGCUACGACGGCACCUUCGUCCAGCUCGACAAACAGGUCUGGAAAAUCAAACUGGAAGCCACUGGUUUGAACUUUUGCGGCUUCUGGCUCUACGAAUCAACGCACCAUGCCACAUCUAGCGGCACUUUCGUGGAGCCUGCGCGCCUCUCCGUGACCGCGUCCAGUGUGUACAACAACCAGGCAACAUAUGCAGCCACGAACCCGCUAAACCGCC